CAUGAUCUGCAAGCAUGAUCAAAUUAAGAUCAGCCAAAAAGGAACUCUCUCUCGUUUUAAGUGAUAAAAUCCAAGUUUAAUUGGAUGGAGUCUCUUUGAAUUCUCUCUAGUUUAAACUUCCCGUACGAGCACCAUCUUUGUACUUUUAGUUUUUUUUUUUUUUUCUCCUACAAUAACUGCAACACGACUUUUAUAUAUCGUUCUUACGUACAUACGCUAGUAUGAUAUCUGUUUGCUGUUGAUGAUCUGCGAGUUGGAGUCUCGCAUGCAAGGAUUGCAAGAGACACAGCACCACGCUCCCGCAUUUAUUACUCUCACCAUUUUCACACCCCUCCGUGCCAGCUCCUAAGCUUUUAAUUAACCCUCAAAAUUGGAGAAACCCUGCAUGCACAAGGAAAAUAACAGUAUUUGGAUAGAGAAGGUCAUGGCGUUUGCUGGUUGUUUUGCUUGUUUCGUGGUUUUGUUAGGAGCUCUUUUGGGUGGCAAAGCACUCUAAGCACUUUGGAAUUAUCAGAGAUAUCCAGAGAGAUUAAUACAUACACUAGAGCCGAUCACUGAAAAUCUCAUGGGUUUGUACUCUGUUUUCAGAGCAACUUUUCUUGUGGUUUUCUUGGUUGGUAUUCAAGAGAUCAGUUCUGUGGAAGGCCAGGACGUGUAUGGAAAGAACUAUAUUAGUUGGGGUGAUCUGAAGGUCGAUGAGAAGAAGGUGGCCUCAGGAUUGAUCGUCGGAGAUGAUAAAUAUGGACAGAGGCAGGUUAUUGUGGUUGACAAGAAUGGUAGGGGAGAUUCUCUGACGGUUCAGGGAGCGGUUGACAUGGUUCCAGAGAACAAUACACAGCGAGUUAAAAUAUAUAUUCACCCAGGAAUAUACAGAGAGAAGGUCUUUGUGCCAAGUUCCAAGCCAUAUAUUUCAUUGAUUGGGAACCAGAACGGACAGUCUGAUACCAUAAUUACUUGGAACGAUAAAGCAUCCGAUAAAGAUCGCAACGGAAUUCAACUUGGAACCUAUGGAUCAGCUUCUGUAGCCAUAGAGUCUGAUUACUUUUGUGCAACUGGAAUCACUUUUGAGAACACAGUAGUUGCAGUGCCUGGAGGACACGGAAUGCAAGCAGUAGCACUUAGAAUAGCAGGUGACAAAGCAGUGUUCUAUAGAGUCGGGAUUCUGGGGACGCAGGACACUCUGUUGGAUGACACUGGAUCACACUACUUCUACCAGAGUCACAUUCGAGGAAGUGUUGACUUCAUCUUUGGAAGAUCAAGAUCACUCUAUGAGGACUGUGUCAUUCAGUCGACCGCUAAGAAUUGGGGAGCAAUUGCAGCUCAUCACAGGGAUUUACCAUAUGAAAAUACAGGGUUCUCUUUUGUAAACUGCAGGAUCACUGGAACUGGCAGUAUCCUUUUGGGAAGAGCUUGGGGAGUCUAUUCAAGAGUAGUAUUCUCACACUGUAACAUGGAUGAUAUAAUUACUCCAUCAGGAUGGAGUGAUUGGAUGGAACCGUCCAGGCAGAAGACUGUUGUGUUCGGGGAAUACCAGUGCAGGGGCAGAGGAGCAGAUAAGAGAGGCCGUGUGCCAUGGUCGAAGUCUUUCAGUUACGAGGAAGUUAGACCUUUCCUGGACAAGAAAUUCAUAGACGGAGAACAAUGGCUUAGACUUUAGUGCUUCUCUCCUAUAGCUUUCAUUGAUUUAUCAUUUCUUUAAUCAUCUCUUCAUCCUCCCGUACCAAGGAUUCUACAUGUCCUAGAGGCCAAAACAGCGCAAGGUACAGUGAGUUUCCUCUUCUCUUUCCAUCUCAAGGGUAGAACAAAGGGAAUAAUCAAGAUGGUGUAAGCUAAAACUGUAUGUACUCACAUUGUAUUGAGAUAUGAUAGAACAUGCAUUCUUUAUUUUAAUGCACUAAUUCCUCGAUGUCACUAUAAGAUGAUGGCAAUUGAUACUGAUCUCAUGGUUAUAUGUCGUGUGUUUGUAUGUGGGUGUGAGAUUGUAAAUGAA